UUUUCAGUAUUCUUAUCAAAAACAACAAAUAAGAAAAAAAAAUAACAUGGAGCCAUCAAAAUUUGCAUUCUGCCGAAGAAAGCGAAAAAUAAUAAACUUAUGUGUAAAAACCUUUGACGAUUUGGAUACUCUGCGCUCUGUUCCACCAGACUUAUUUGAUCACCCAGCAAAAAUAACUCGUAUUGAAAAUGAUACUCCUCGUCGUUUCCAUUUUAAUAAUUUACAAAUUGAUACGAAAAAUUAUCCAUAUGCGAAUGAAGAAAUCAUAAAUACAGCAGAUAACGAAUCGAGAAGUGAUGAAACUUUUAGGAGUGAUGAAACUGAAAAUGAAAUACUCAGUGCUUAUGAUGAAGAAGGACAUGACAGAGAUAGAAAUAAUAAUACUGACAUUAAUGAUUUUCUCGAGGUUGAUGAAAAUGACGAGAAUGAAGAGAAUGACCAAGAUCAGCAGCAAAUGCAUACAGUUCAAAAAUCCUUCAUUAAUUGGAGCAUGGCUCAUUACGUGUAUGAGAUGCUUUGGAGACCAGCAAUACUUGCUAAAGACCAUAUUUUGGUUUUUCUCACGUUAUCUCUGGUGUUUCAUUGGACCUAUGAGGCCACUUCAAUGGUCUUUACGUGGAUAAAUCAAGCGACAUUUAAUGCUGGGCUGCCUGUGUAUAAAAAAUCUUUGUGGAAAGCAUUAGGUAGAAAUGAGGUUGUUGAAACACGUCAUUAUAUAUGUGAAUAUUGUCAAGCAUAUCUGGGAAUAAUUAAACCAGUGCGAUGUUCUUCCGAGUCAUGUUUGAUUGCCACGCCACAAUCUUCGAUCAGUUACUUUGUAGAAAUAGACUUGGAAUCUCAGAUUAGAGAUAUAUUUGCUAUUCCCGAUAUUUACGACCAGUUUCAAUAUCGAUUCACACGAACUAAAAGAAGAAUCGAUGCUCUAGAAGAUGUUUACGAUGGAGAACUAUAUAAAAGACUAAGUGAGCCUGGCGAAUUUUUAAGCAAUCGAAACAAUUUUACGUUUACAUUCAAUACUGAUGGAGCAAGUGUUUCUGAUUCAUCAAAAAGUAAUGCCUGGCCUGUUUUUCUACAAAUAAAUGAGUCGCCACCUCAUCUCCGGAAAAGACAUAUGUUGUUAAGUACUGUUUGGGUAGGGACCGGACACCCAGUAGCAAAUACAUUUCUAAAACCUUUAGUCAACCAAUUGAACCACCUGUAUGAGACCGGAAUUACUUGGAAAUAUAACGGAGAUUACAAACUCACGAGUAAAUUUAUGGUUUUACUUUGUAGUGUUGAUUCAGUCGCACGGCCAUUAAUUCUACGUAUGACUCAAUUUAAUGGUGCUUUUGGUUGUAAUUUUUGUUAUCAAAAUGGAUGCACUCAUGGUGAUUCAUUUAAGUAUCCUCUCGAGAAAAAAAUCAUUCUGAGAACACACGAAGAAACGGUAGAAUUGGGAGAACAAAGUUUAAACUCAGGCACUCGUAUUUUAGGUGUUAUAGGCCCUUCCAUUUUAUUUGGACUUUUUGGAUUUGAUUGUAUGCGUGGUAUGGUUGUUGAGCCACUUCACAAUCUUUUCCUUGGUGUUGCUAAACAAUAUACAAAGCUUCUCUUGGAAGCAGAAACAUAUGUUGAAGACCAGGACAAGCGUCGCUAUGUGUCGAAAAGUAUAGCGGAAAGUAUUAUUGAUAUGCGUUUGUCUAAAAUAAGACCACCAAGUCGACUCACUCGCCGACCAAGGUCAAUAAAAGAUAUGAAAUUGUGGAAAGGUCAAGAAUGGAGGAACUGGAUCCAAUAUUAUUGUUUGAUUUGUUUGGAAGGGGUUUUGAAACCGAAAUAUUUGAAACACUUGUCUUUGCUUAGUCAAGCCAUUUACAUUCUGAAUUCUGAUUCCAUUACGUCUCAUGAGAUAAAUCAAGCUCGGCAAUUACUGCAAGAUUUUGUAAAAAAAUAUGAACAAUUAUUCGGGAAACAAGCUAUGACGUAUAAUAUUCACCUGUUGCUGCACAUUACUGAUACCGUGGAAAACGCUGGUCCAUUAUUUUCAUACAAUGCGUCAGUUUUUGAAUCUUGGAAUAGAAAAAUAUUACAAAAUAUAUCUAGUCCAAAUGGUAGAAUAAUACAAAUAAUUACUCGUUUUCUUAUCAAAAAAUGUUUGGAACUAUUGUACUUUGAUAAUUCAGUGCACGAGACAACGAGGAAAUUUGUUUAUACUCUUAUAAGGAAGUUCAAAUUUGAUGUCGAUCUUGAAGUCGAUGGAAAAUUUCAAGGAGUUGGUAAACGAACAAUUCGAGUUCCAACUGAUUGGGAAAAUACAGCUUUAAACGAUGCAGGGUUUGAAGUUGAUAAGCUCGGAUCUUUUUCAAAAGUUCUCACUCAUAAAAUAGAAUUUCGUACUUUUCAACUUAACAAAGAAACAAAAUAUUGUAAUAAUGUUGCGUACACAGACAAAUUCGGAUUCGGCAUCGUCAAAAGUAUCAUUCAAUUUGAACAUAAUAAUACAACUGUUAGUGGAUGCAUAAUGAAUGUUUUGAAGAGUGAAAAAAAAGCAUUUAAUACCAACUUUAUUGAUAAUGUUAUCGAAACAAAAAAAUAUAUUUUUGUAACUUCAAAUGAAGUGCUGAUCCCGGCAAUGGCCAUUCAUUCAAAAUUUGGUUUUCGAGCGACAAAACUGAGUAAUUGUUGGGAAACUGAUUAA